UCAUUCCCAUCCAUCAUUCCCAAGUCCACCAAAUCAGAAAGUACUCUCGACCGGGGGAGCAGCGGCAAGAAACCCCGCCGACAGUGGAACCAUUCAUGACCGCUAACCAAACUCCUUCACGCUUCCCCUCCCCCGCCACCGCUUUCGACGACGACCUCUUCUCCUACUACUUCUCCUUCUUCCACGACACUGCCGCGGCCUCCGACCCUCAACCAUCUUCCGCUCUUCCCUCGCCCAUGGAACCCAACCCCAACAAGCGCCCGCGGGAGGAUGACCUAUCCCCCAGCCGGCUCGUCGCCUUGAAGCCCUCCUCCUCCUCCUCUUCCCCCCCUCCCGUCGACGACGACGCCGCGGAGCAGGAAGAGGCGCAGGCGGUGCCUCCAACGGUGCAGCCUGGGCACCGCCGUCUCUGGGUCAAGGACCGGUCCAGUGACUGGUGGGACUAUUACAACCACCCGGACCUCCCGGAGGACGAGUUCCGACGCGCCUUCCGUAUGUGUCGCGCUACCUUCGACUUCCUCUGCGAUGAGCUCGGCUCCGCCGUAGCCAAGGAGGACACGGCGCUCCGCGCCGCCAUCCCCGUCCGGCAGCGGGUUGCCGUUUGCGUGUGGCGACUUGCCACUGGCGAGCCUCUCCGGCUCGUCUCCCGGCGGUUCGGCCUCGGUAUCUCCACCUGUCAUAAGCUCGUUCUCGAAGUCUGCACCGCCAUCCGGAACGUUCUCUUGCCGCGAUUGCUCCUCUGGCCCGCCCCAUCCGAAGCAGCCUCCGCAGCCGCGCGCUUCGAGGCUCUCUCCGGCAUCCCCAACGUCGUCGGCGCCAUGUACACAACCCACAUCCCCAUCAUCGCCCCCAAGGAGAGCGCCGCCACCUACUUCAACCGCCGCCACACCGAGCGCAACCAGAAGACCUCCUACACCGUCACCAUCCAAGGCGUCGUCGACCCCGACGGCGUCUUCACCGACGUCUGCAUCGGGUGGCCCGGGUCGAUGCCGGACGACCAAGUGCUCGAGAAAUCGGCGCUGUACGAGCGCGCCAACAGCGGCCUCUUGAACAACCAGUGGCUCGUCGGCGGCGGCAGCUACCCUCUUCUGGACUGGGUGCUCGUCCCGUACGCCCAAACGAACCUGACAUGGGCGCAGCACGCCUUCAACGAGAAGAUCGGGGAGGUGCAGCGCGUGGCCAAGGAGGCCUUCGCCAGGCUGAAGGGAAGGUGGGGAUGCCUGCAGAAGAGGGCCGAAGUGAAGCUGCAGGACUUGCCCGUGUUCCUCGGUGCCUGCUGCGUGCUCCACAACAUAUGCGAGACGAAGGGAGAGGAGAUGGACCCAGAGCUGCGGUGCGACGUGGUGGACGACGAGAUGGUGCCCGAGAACGGCGUCCGAUCGGCGAGUGCCAUGCAGAACAGGGAUAGCAUUGCUCAUAAUCUGCUACACCAUGGCCUUGCCGGAACAGCUUUCUUGUAGACUCUGUUUCCGGGUAGCUAUCUGUCGUUCUUCUGGCUUCAGACAAAGACAGAGAAAUGAAGUCAAUGUCAAAGGGGGGAGACCGUCCGGGUAACGCCUAUGAUAUUGAAUGGUACUGAGGAACAAAAGCAUACUAGGAAAGAUUGGUGUUUCUACCAACCCAAAAAGGUUUAGACAUUGAGAAUGAAGUCCUCCAACAACAUGAUUUGAAUGCAUUAAAUAUCAUUUUUUUUAAUUUAGUGGAAUAAAAUUAGCACGUACUUUGUUGAUUGUCA